AGACUAGCUUUGCGCUACAUCGAGUUGCGGAUGUGAGGUAGCAUGGCCAUGGACCUGCUAGCAAUGCCAGUGCUCCUGUCCGCCGACUCAGCAGCCGCCGUCUUGGUGCUCCUUUCCGUGGCCACAGUUGUUGCCCUGAAGCACUUGCUCUCGUCAUGGCGACGAUCUCCUCGGCGGCGGCUUCCCCCGAGCCCGACGCCCCUCCCGGUGAUCGGUCACCUCCACCUGCUGCGGCCACCGGUGCACCGCACUUUCCACGAGCUCGCAACACGGCUAGGGGCGCCCCUCAUGCACAUCCGCCUCGGCUCCACGCACUGCGUCGUGGUGGGCUCGGCCGACGUGGCUAGGGAGCUCAUCCACGACCACGAUGCCACCAUCUCGGGACGGCCAGUUUCGGUGCUGUCCCGGCUCUUCUCCUACGGCUCGGCCGGCUUCGCCUUCACGCCGUACAGCCCGCACUGGCGCUUCCUCAGGCGGCUGUGCGUGUCCGAGGUGCUGGGCCCGCGCACCGUCGAGCAGCUGCGGCAUGUCCGGCGCGGCAGCCUGGUGUCUCUGCUGCGAUCCGUGCUGGCGUCGUCGGCGCGGGGUGACAAUAAGGUGGACCUCACCCGCGAGCUCAUCCGCUUCUCCACCACCUCCAUCAUCCGGAUGGUGGCGAGCGACGUGGGCGUCACCGACGAGGCGCAGGAGCUGGUGAAAGGGGUGGCGGAGCUGCUCGGCGCGUUCAACCUGGAGGACUACGUCCCCCUGUGCCGCGGCUGGGACCUCCAGGGCCUCCGUAGGAAGGCCAACGGUGUCCACCGGCGGUUCGACGCCGUGUUGGAGCAGAUGAUCAGGCACAAGGAGGAGGCUAGGGACAGGGAGCGUAGCCGCGGCGGCGCCGCGCAGGAGGACAAGAAAGGGUGGCCGGCUACGUGCAAGCAGCGCAACAAGGACCUGUUGGACAUCCUGCUGGACAUGGCGGAGAACGAGACGGCGGAGGUGAAGCUCACCAGGGAAAACAUGAAAGCCUUCAUCGUUGACGUGGUGACUGCUGGGUCAGACUCGUCCGCGGCCACGGUGGAGUGGAUGCUGGCUGAGCUGAUGAACCACCCGGAGGCCCUUCGCAAGGUGCGGGCCGAGAUCGACGCGGUGGUCGGAGCGGACAGGAUCGUCGGCGAGGAAGACCUGCCGAGGCUGCCGUACCUGCAGGCGACGUUCAAGGAGACGCUGCGGCUGCACCCGGGGGCGCCCAUCGCGCACCGGGAGUCGACGGGCGAGAUGGUGGUCCGCGGGUUUACGGUUCCGCCGCGCACGGCGGUGUUCUUCAACCUCUGGGCCAUCGGCCGCGACCCGUCCUGCUGGGAGGAGCCGCUGGCGUUCAGGCCAGAGCGCUUCAUGCCCGGCGGCGCCUCGGAGGGACUCCCGCCCCGCGGCCAGCAGUUCCAGUUCAUACCCUUCGGCAGCGGCCGCCGGGCCUGCCCCGGCAUGGGGCUCGCGCAGCAGUCCGUGCCGACGGUCCUCGCGGCCCUCGUGCAGUGCUUUGAUUGGGCCGCUGUCGAUGGUGAGACAGCGGCGAUGGGUAUGGAUGAAUCCGACGGGGGUCUGGUGUGCGCUCGCAAGCACCCGCUUGUGCUCCGUCCGACCGCUCGUCUGAACCCGUUCCCGGCAGUCGUCUGAACCCGUUCCCUGCAUGCCGCACGGCAAAGCUCCCUCUCCCUCUGUGGCACAAUAAGCGUGGGUCUGGUCGAGUUCUUUUUUUAUAUAAAAUUUGGCGAUAGAUUAUUAAAGUAUAUUCUUGUAAUAAAUUUAUUCACAGCUAUAAAUAUUGUCAAUAUUUUUAUAUAAAUAUAGUUAAAUCUAACAAAAUUUUAUCGUUAUUUUGAAAGCAAGAGACUACGUAUUUUUAUUAAUUUUGUACGCCUACAUACCUAAGUUUUAAAAUAAAUAAUUUCUAAUGCAUAAAAGCGGGAGAACUAGAUAAUUCAUCUGAUUGAAACGUCAAACGUGGGAGAGCGAUGUGCAGCUUGCUUGUAAGACCCACAUUUUAGAAUAAAGAAAGUAUGGAAUUAUUGUUA